CUUAAUUGUGCUAUUCGUCAGUUAGAUGUCAAAAAUGCAUUUUUACAUGACAAUCUCACUGAAGUAUAUAUGUGUCAGCCUCCUGGUCUCAUUCAUCCACAAUCUCACUGGAUUUUUCCCUCCAAUCACUGGAUCAUCCACAAUUUUCUAAUCAUGUUUGUCGUCUCCGCAAAGCUAUCUAUGGCCUUAAACAGGCUCCUCGAGCCUGGUUUUAUAGAUUCAGUAGUUUUUUGCUGACGCAUGGUUUUGUCUGUAGAUUUGGGGGAUUUACACUUUUUCCUAGGUGUCCAAGCUGUUCGAGUACCAUCUGAUUUAUUUUUAUCUCAGCAAAAAUAUGUGUCUGAUCUUCUCACCAGAUUUCAUCUUCACACUCUUAAGCCUGUUCGGACCCCUCUUGCUACGCGAACUAAACUUUCUCUCACUGAUGGGGAUCUCCUAGCAGAUCCGUCUGAGUAUAGAAGUAUGGUAGGUGCUUUAAAGUAUUUAACUAUGACUCGACCUGAUAUUACAUUUGCUGUUCACUUGGUUUCCCAAUUUAUGCAUGCGCCCCGUACACCUCAUCUUUUGGCUGUUAAGCGUAUUUUCAGGUAUCUUCAGGGGUCUAUUUCACAUGGGUUACUGCUUCGGCCGAGCACUUCUACUCCUACCAUACAGGCUUACUCGGAUGCUGAUUGGGCCGGAUGUCCUGAUAGCAGUCGGUCCACCUCUGGUUUUGCUAUUUUUCUGGGUCCUAAUUUGGUCUCUUGGAAGGCCAAGAAGCAGCCUACUGUGUCUCGUUCUUCCACAGAGGCUGAGUAUAGGGCAAUUGCAUACACUGUUCAGGAUACUCUACAUAUACGCUCCAUUUUAUUUGAGUUGUGUUUUCCUGUGCAUGCACCAGUCACACUUAUGUGUGAUAAUAUUUAAGAUUCUUAUUUGUCAGCUAAUCCUAUUCAGUAUGACCGCAGUAAGCAUAUCAACAUUAUUGAUGAUCAUUUUGUACGUGAGAGAGUUUCCCAUGGUGAUCUGGUUGUUCGACAUGUUCCUACACAAUUCCAGCUAACGGAUAUUUUUACUAAGAGUUUAUCUUCGCAGCAUUUUAUUUUUCUUAGGGACAAUCUGCGCAUUGUUUCCCCUGCACAGCUUGAGGGGGUGUAUUAAUGUAAUUAAUACUUUAAUUAGGUUUCCA